AGUGCAGAAGCUGGACGAAGCCAAGGAUGGUGUAUCCAGUGUGAAGGUGUCAGACCAUGAGGUCCUGGCAGGGGACCUCAUAUGCUUGGAAUCGUGUGUCCAUUUGUGACUGGCUUAUUUCACUCAGCAUAAUGCCCUCAAGAUGUCCAGCAAGGAGGCCAUUGGCUGCGACAUUGGGCAGGCCCGCCAGGCAGUGGAGCAGCUGAGGAUGGAGGCUGGCAUCGAUCGCAUAAAGGUGUCCAAGGCAGCCGCUGACCUGCUGCAGUUCUGCAUGGAGCAGGCCAAGAGCGACCCGUUCCUGGUGGGCAUCCCAGCUGCCACCAACCCCUUCAAGGAGAAGAAGCCUUGCGCCAUCCUAUGAUACUGGCCCCGAGGCCCCUCAAUAAACAUGAAGUAAAUGCU